UGGGAAGACGUGACGUGUAGAUUCCUUAAGCUUUCUAUAUAUGCUAAGAGAGAAUAAGAGUUUGUUAUCGAGUGUGAAGGUCGAUCAUUUUGUGAGGAGAGAGAGUACUUCUUUAGUAAAACUCUAAACGUUGUAUUACUUAUUCUUGAAGGAAUUACAUUGCAGUUUCUACAAGUCUAAGUUCUACAUACUAGUCGUAUCAAAAGGUCUUAAGGUUUCUUCUUCCAUGGUCGUCCAAACUCAAAUACAUGUACAAUCAGCAGAAGAUGAGGCCCAACAUUGUCACCGAGGUGAAAUCUGCUCAACUAUUCUCCUUGAUCUUCAUCAGAAAUUGUUGAUAUUUUUACUUCUUUGAUUAUUACCAAGAAACUGCUAGGAAACUGAUAGUUAAAAUCUACACGAGUGGUUGUUUGUUCGAUUGAAUUAACUAGGUUGCAGUUUGAUUCAGCACAGCUUUGUGGCAAAUCAUUUCUUGUAGUAGGAAGAUUCUCAUCAUGAUAUAUGGGUUAAUUUAUAGCAGUUUGUAAUUUGAUUCCUGAAGUUACGUUGUUUCUAUGUCUAGCUACAGUUUGUUCAAGUCAACAUAUAUAGACCGGAUACAACACUUUCUAUGAAGUAUGCUUCUUAACUUAUGGAUGGACACAUCUCAUUUGUCAUGGAGACGUGUCUUGUUCCUAACGUGAACAACUGGUAAAGCUUACUCUCAAGUAUUCAAUGUAUCUAUAAAUCUUUUACGCUAAAAAAAAAGAAACUUCAUCAUGUUUUUUCCACAUACGAUUUUCUUAGUUUAUUAUCAUGGUUUAACGUGAUGGCAUUGUAUUACCUCACAUGAGCUACCAAUAGUGACUCUUGCUUAGUUUAUGUUCCCUAAGCAAUAAUUAACUUCUUCUUGGGAACCAGCGAUGAUGAUUAAAAUGUUUUGCACUCCUGUUCUUCUUCAAAGUUUUAAAAGAUGAACUAGGAUGUUGUCUUGCAACAGCUCUUCAGUGUCUUCUCUCCUUUCUAUCUACACGACUUUGGAGGUUUCAACUGUGAGGAAUCUUCAUGGCAAAUCAAGGUGAUAAGUUCACUUGGGUGAUAAAGAGUCUCUCCUCCUGGCCAUCUCUUAUCUUUAACCCAUUUGUGAAUGGUGUCUGCAAACUAUACUCAGAUGCAUCAGAAAAAAUUGAAAAGGAAAGCAUGGAUGUCAGUGGCUUUCAAGUUCUGCCUUCACAGGUAGAAUCUGUGAGACUUAUCUUCAAAAGACAUCCAGACAUUGCGGUAGAGUUCCGUGCAAAGAACCAGCAUCUGAGGAAAGCAUGCAUGGGUUUCCUGCUCAGCUUAAUUGAGACUUUAUGCCAAUCACUCGAGGAGCUCUCCAAUGAAGAUCUUGUGGAGGCAGACGUGGCACUGACAUACCUGAAAGACGCUGGUUUUAAGGUGGAUUGGUUGGAGAAAAAGCUGGACAUAGUUAAAGACAAGAAGGAGAAAGAGCAGUCCAGUUUGGCUCGGCUACAAGAAAUGGAGGAUAGUUUACUGAAACUGAAGCAACAAUGUUCAGACAUGGAUGCCCUAGUGGAGAAGGAAGAGGAAGAGUUGUCGGACACAAGAACUCCUAUGUCAUUCGAUGAUGUUGUUUGAUGACUUGUGUUCUGUUGUCUUAUUUUCUUCCUUGGUUUCAAAACAGGAUGUUCUCUAGUUAGGUAAUUAAACUUGGUGUCAUUUUGUGAAAAUGUCCUUUGCCGUUAUGGUCUAUUACUAAAUUUGUUGCAUCUCUGUGUUUCUUGAUAAGGAAGUAACUCAAUUUGUGCCUGAAACACUAAUCUUGGUUUGAAAUGAAAAUCUCUAUAUGUGGAUGAUA